CAUUGUCCGGUACCUUCUUCUCCGCCUUCGUUCGAAACAGUUCGAAUACACACAGCGAUCAAGUACAAAUAACAAAAGCCCGUUCGCCGUCAUCUGCGUCUCUAUCCAACCUUUCAUCAAUGGCGACUGUGAUGCAGAAAAUCAAGGAUAUCGAAGAUGAGAUGGCAAGGACUCAAAAAAACAAGGCUACUGCUCAUCAUUUAGGCUUGCUCAAGGCCAAACUUGCAAAGCUUCGGAGAGAACUCAUUGCGCCUUCAUCCAAAGGAGGUGGCGGCGGCGCCGGUGAAGGUUUUGAUGUUACUAAAAGUGGAGAUGCAAGAGUCGGUCUUGUGGGUUUCCCUUCUGUUGGGAAAUCUACACUUCUAAAUAAAUUAACAGGGACAUUUUCAGAGGUUGCUUCCUACGAGUUUACUACCUUGACUUGCAUUCCCGGUGUGAUCAUGUAUAGAGGAGCUAAACUUCAGUUAUUGGAUCUCCCUGGUAUAAUUGAGGGUGCUAAAGAUGGAAAGGGUCGAGGAAGGCAGGUUAUCAGCACUGCUAGGACUUGCAAUUGCAUCUUAAUUGUGCUUGAUGCAAUAAAGCCGAUAACUCACAAGCGUCUAAUAGAGAAAGAGCUUGAGGGAUUUGGCAUAAGGUUAAACAAGGAGCCGCCUAAUCUAACUUUUAGGAAGAAAGACAAGGGUGGGAUCAAUCUAACCUCGACGGUCACAAACACACAUCUUGAUCUUGAAACUGUGAAGGCAAUAUGUAGUGAAUACAGAAUGCAUAAUGCCGAUAUUACUUUGAGGUAUGAUGCAACUGCUGAUGACCUCAUAGAUGUCAUUGAGGGCAGUAGGGUAUAUAUGCCUUGCAUCUAUGUUGUGAAUAAGAUUGAUCAGAUUACACUUGAAGAGCUUGAAAUUUUGGAUAAACUUCCUCACUACUGCCUAGUCAGCGCUCACCUCGAAUGGAACCUUGACGGGUUGUUGGAGAAAAUAUGGGAGUAUCUUAAUUUGACUCGCAUAUACACAAAGCCCAAAGGGAUGAACCCAGACUAUGAAGAUCCUGUCAUCCUGUCAUCCAAAAAGAGAACUGUUGAGGACUUUUGCAAUCGAAUCCACAAGGAUAUGCUGAAACAAUUUAAGUAUGCUCUAGUAUGGGGUUCCAGUGCGAAGCACAAGCCUCAGAGAGUUGGCAGGGAGCAUGAGCUUGAGGAUGAAGAUGUUGUUCAGAUUAUCAAAAAGGUGUGAUACGGUGAAAGAAUUCUGCUAGAAGCAAGCAGGAAUAUCAGCAACCAGUUUCAAGAGAAAUUCCCGCCCAUGACUGAAGUUCCAAGGAUGAAUUAGAGAGGCAGCUUGAUUUGUAGUUUAUCCAUUUUCUAGUCAAGCUCUGGUUAGAGUGAUUGGCUUUAGUGUAGACCGCUGCAUGAUACGAUUUGUAGCGCAUGCGUAAUGGUUGGUUGCUAUAGUUGUGCCUUAUAGACGAAGGGAUCCAUUUGAGAAGAAAGUGUUCCGGUGAUACCUUCCGUUGGAGCGUUAUCUUAGUUUUCGUCCACCUUUUUAUGAUAUGAUAGUCAUGAACUAUAGAGGCUGUUCUUGCUUGUAUGUCUUGUCCUGGUAUGUCUUGUCCUGGUAACCAAAUCACAGUUAUGUCAAAAUGGAUGGUUCGGUUAAAUAUUUUUUUGUUACCAAGACACUGUCAAGUUCAGUAUUGAUACGAAAUCAUCAGCCAAUAGGUUUUUUUUGGUA